CAAUUUUAAGUUGACAGGUUAUUUUCAAGGUUGUAUGUUUUAAUUUAACAUCUGGUUUGGCCGAUCGAUACCUAUUGACUUUAUCCAGUUAUAAAAUAUAUAUAAGCACCCACAAAUGUUGCUAACGAGGCCGGCAAUUAUCCGUGGUAUUUGUGCAUUCAGCAAGCAAACCUCGAGCCGGUCGCUACACUCCACUCAGAUAGCAAUGGCACCUAUCAAGGUUGGAGACAGUCUCCCGUCGGCUGAUUUGUUUGAGGAUUCCCCGGCGAACAAGGUGAAUGUGUGCGAGUUGACGUCAGGGAAAAAAGUGGUGUUAUUUGCGGUUCCCGGCGCGUUUACACCUGGCUGCUCGAAGACACAUUUGCCUGGAUACGUGCAAAAUGCCGACAAGUUGAAGAGCGAGGGAGUGGCGGAGAUCGUUUGCGUGUCUGUGAACGAUCCCUAUGUGAUGGCCGCUUGGGGGGCACAGCAUAAUACCAAGGGAAAGAUCCGCAUGCUAGCUGACCCCAGUGGCAACUUCAUCAAAAAGUUGGAGCUUGGCACAGAGCUGCCCCCCCUCGGUGGGUUCCGCUCCAAACGCUUCUCAAUGGUCAUCAACGACUCCGUUGUAGAGGAAUUGAAUGUUGAACCCGAUGGUACGGGUCUGUCAUGUUCACUGGCAGACAAAAUUAAGGUCAAGAAGUAAAUUUGAGGAAUAACUGAUGUGAUGUUAGCUUUAAAUAUUGCUCAAACAACAGCGCUCCCAUUUUAUCAUGAAAUAUAUACAAUAAUAACAAGAAGCAUAUUACAGGCUGGUCCUAUGCAUUCUGUGAAGUUCACUGAGAAGUGAAGUUUUGUAACAGUUCCAAAACCCUGAUGAACUUGUGUCUAAAUGUCAAUAUUGAAUUUAAGUCUAUAAAAAUCGACUUUCUGUAUCAUGUGAAUGUGUAGUGAUAUAAAUAUUAAUAAUUUCUAGUCUGUUUUUAAUCAUCAUGCACAUUUAGAAAGAAUUUUUUAAUUUGGUAAUUAAUGAACUGAUAAAAUUUCAGAAGAUUUCAGAGCUGUAUUGCACGUUGGUAUGUGUCAAUUAGCGUUAGUUUAAAAAGUCGUGAUCUUAUUAUGUACCUUCUAAGAGAAGAUGUGAUUCAUAGUAAAUAUUCUGAAAUAUCACUAAAAGAUUUUGAUUAUAAUGUAGUGUACUAAAAUUUUCAUUCAAAAAUUAGGUUUAGGUAAGACUUGAAAAUGUUAUCCACAAAAUCAAUGUUUGCUGUUGAGUGGGAGCGGAUGGUGUUUAAAUCAGCUUAAUAAACCUUACACGGAUCGUAUGUGAAAACACACCUUUGUGAUACUAAUGAGAAUCAUUAUAUUAUUUAGAAUAAUU